CAAGUAAAGCGCAAACUGCAGGAUCCACGAAGAAGAAAGUUUGUCUUCAGAGAACAGCCAGGAUCCUGACAAGGUCAAAAAAAGAGAGACCACAUAACCCCAGUUCUUGCCUCCCUACACUGUCUUCAGCCAUGUCCAGCAGCCGUCCACCAAGGAAUGAGGAUUACGGGAGGGGCAUCCACAGACUGCUGCAGGCGGCUGAAGCUGGCCAGAGGGCUGAUAUCCUGACCUACUCCUCAGGUCACCUGGGGCCCCGCAGCCUGAACCAGAGUCCGCCUCACAGGGAGGUGAAGAAGUCUUUCUGGAGGAGCUCUCAGGGUGAAGAUGAAAGAACCUCAAACCCUCUGACACACCAGCAGAGACAGAAAAAAACACAGACUAAUGGAAAGAAGAAAGAAGGAAGAACACUUCCCCCUGUGUUCUCUGAGGUCGUAAGGUUAAGAGAGGAUCAAACUGCUGGUUGCUCUUCGUGUGCAGAAAGAGAAGAUGAAAGCGUACCUGAAGCAGUCGUCUCCUCUGUGGACUCUUUGCAUGUGCAGCAGAGAGUCUCCUCUGCAUCUGAUCCAGAGGGGAAGCUGCAAAUGUGCUGGAGCUACUCUCACCAGCAGAGCCUGAAACAUGAGGCUCAGAGAAAGACAGAACAACAGUUUGACAGGCAAGACGACGUCAAACAGGAGGUCUGGGCUGGAGGAAACGUGGCUGAGAGGCAUGAGAGGAAACUCAAAAAGGAGCUGCAGAAGCUGUCGGAGCAAAACCGGCCCAGCAGAGACCGACUUGCAGUGUUCAGUGACGUCUUUGAUGAUGUAUGUGAAGGCUCGCCAGUAUUUGGACGCAUCCUGAGGGAAAUUAAGACUGAUUAUGAUUUGUAUGUCAACCACCUGCUGGCCUCCCAACCACAACACAUGUCACUCAGAGCUUCAGUUGAAGACGCUGUCAGCCGCACAGUGAGAGAGAUGCAGCUGAAGGAUGCAGAAGAAGAAGUGUGCAGGCUGGAGCUGGAGGUCAGAGGAGCUGUAGAGGAGAAUAUACGAGCAAGAAAUGAUUUACAACAAGUUGAAGCCAGCAGAGACCCGGAGGAAGGUGACAGGAUGAAUCCAUCAGAGCUGGAGGACAGAGGGACGGACAGAGGGACAGACAGCGUCCUCAUCAAGAGGCUUCAGGUGUGGAGGGUUUGGAGGGAGAGCCAACACCUGGAGGAGGAGAUAAAGGAGAAGCUCGUACCCACGGUUACAGUCGCUGCCACUGAGAGACACGCCAGAGACGUGAAGACAGAGAUAAUGACACUGAUAGCCACAAAUCACCGUCUGAAGGUCGCCAACGAGGAUCUGGAGAUCAGCAUCAACAUGAAGCUGGACAGAGAGAAAGCAAGCAAGACCAUGAGACGGAUAUUGUGGGAGGAAGUACAUACUGAUCUACAAACAGACUGAAAGCAUCCAUCAACUCUUUGGAGAGGCAUUCAGAAAGAACAUCUAUCAAAGGAGUCAACCUUCUUCUCUGUGUUUUACACCUUCAGUUCAGAAAAUAUUAAAAAGUCUCUAACUCAGAAAUAA